AUGAGCCUUGAUCCGAGCUCGUUUCCGCGGUCGAACUCCCCCGCAAGCUCCGACAGCUCUCUCACGCGCUCCCGUCUACGGGGGAAGGAAGAGCCCGUCAAGAAGGACAAGAACUACCGCCGCUAUGCCACCACCGUCGAACGGGCCCUGUCGCUGUUCGACACCGCGUUGCAGGAAUGGGCCGAUUACAUCUCCUUCCUCAGCCGACUGCUGAAGGCCCUCCAAUCCCACCCGGCCGACUUGCCUAUCGUGCCGCACAAGGCCCUCGUUGCCAAACGACUCUCCCAAUGCUUGAACCCUUCCUUGCCGUCCGGUGUCCACCAGAAGGCGCUCGAAGUAUAUACCUAUAUCUUUAAUCUAAUCAAGCCGGAGGGACUAUCGCACGACCUGCCCUUGUACCUGCCCGGUGUCGCUCCCACCCUCACGUUCGCCUCGCUCACGGUGCGCCCCCUCUUCUUGUCGCUGGUCGAAACAUACAUAUGCAGCUUGGAACCAUGGGCCAUCCGUCCGGCUCUGAAGGCUAUCAUCUUGGCCCUUCUCCCCGGGUUGGAAGAGGAGACAAGCGAUGACUUUGAUCCUACCCUGCGGCUCGUCAAUAAGUUCCGCGACAUGGCGGGCAAGAUGGAAACGCAUAAACAAGGGUCGGAUGCGAGCCUCAGUGGCCAUUACUUCUGGCAGUGCCUGUUCCUCGCAUCAAUAACCAGUCCUAGUCGACGCUCCGGGGUACUCGCGUAUCUGAGCCGCUAUCUCCCUAAGCUAGGCAUCACAGACCGCAGGCCGAGUAAAGGUGAUACCAGCGAUGCUAAUAAUGAACUGCCUCAUGACAUUUCCGUGGUCGCUGACUCCGUGAUCCUGCCGGAACCUGGCCUGUUGAUUCGGUGUUUUGCAACUGGGCUGGCGGAUGAGCAAGUCCUCGUGCAGAGGAACUUUCUGGACCUGCUUGUAACGCAUCUACCGCUGAGCUCACCUAUCUUGCAAUCGCGAAUUACUGGGGAUGACCUUCAGAGACUGAUCAUUGCAGCCGUGGGAGUUGUCGCGCGGCGUGACAUGAGUCUGAACAGGCGAUUGUGGGCGUGGCUUCUCGGCCCUGAGGCUGCCAACGACCGAUCUUCCUUUGAAGCUCACCAUUCUAUGUCGGAAAAUGGACACCAACCCACGGCGGAUGGUCAAGAAAUCUCUCAGUCGGAGUAUUUCACUCGAUUCGGACUGGGUCCCUUGGUGAAGGGCCUCCUUCGUAUGAUCGAACAGGACACAGGAGUGCCCUCCGAGAGGACAAGGCCGUUCCGAAUAUCGCUAUCACUGAUGGACAGGUGGGAGGUGGGAGGCUACAUUGUGCCCGAGGUCUUUUUACCAAUCAUGCGAAGCGUUCAUUCAUUCGGAACAAAGGCCCCCAAGAGCCAAUUCGAGGAUGUUUUUCGCAGCGCCAGCUCUUUUUUUGAUGGCGUUGAAAGCGGUGUCAUCUUCUCUGAACUUCUUCAUCUGAUUGACUGGAGGCCUCAGGAUUUGACUUCCAGGACGGAAGCGCUAUUGAGUAACUUGGAGCUUGCGCAUUUCAUACUCGAGAACUUCAAUGUGCGGGAAGAAGACAUGAUACUAGGACAUGUUCCUUUGCUGACAGUCUCUACACUCAUCAAAAUGAGUGAGCUAUCCGUGGAAAAGAAUCCCUCAGUGGCUCAGGAUCAACUACGGCUUGUGUCCAGUGGGCUAUCCAAGGUGAUGAAUUCUUUGACAGGGCUACUUACCGAAAGGGCCUUCUUACAAAAGUCCGGCACUAAGGCAGAUGGUUCAUCUGACAUAGCUGGCUCUGACAUCCUGAAAAGGAUACAUGCCUUCUAUGAGCAAAGCAAAAACAGCUUGGAUCCACAGCCGCUUCCGUUCGUCCCUAAGCACCUGGGAGAACUGGUUAUCCAGAAUGCUUACGAGCAAGCAAUCCGAGCAGUGGAUGCCCGUGGUCAGGACACUCAGAUCCAUGAACGGAUAAAUCUUCUCAUAAUACUAUUGAAGAAGCUUCCAAGGUCUAGUAUAUUGCGAGACAGGCGCCUCUAUCUAUCUCUUUGCAACCGCAUUAGUACCGAGAAAGUCCAGGCAACUACUGCUUCCUUUGCAGCAAUUUCCUCCAUUGCUUCCGCUAUGACAAACAUGUACUUCAUCCAAAGCCCUGGAUAUUACAUCAACUAUGAAGAUGUUUCCGACUUGAUCCCGGCGCUCGUUGGUCAGCUCUGGCAGUUCCUCUCACCCUUGAGCCCCAAGUUCCACGUUGAGGCGGUUCGUUGCUUGUGGCAACUACACUCUGUUUCUUGGUCGGAUCAUCUAGUUGAGGCAGCCAUUACAUCUCUGAUGGUCGAGGCUUCAUCAGGCGCAUGUCGCCAGCUAUCAUCAACAGAGCAAGCUGGGAGGUACUUUAUUCUCUGGUCCCACAGCCAUCACGGGACGUACGAGCUUCCCCCGAAGCAGGUGCAAGAUUCGGUUCAGUCCGGAAUCUCGUACCAGGCCUCGAUGCUUGAGCGUCCUCUCUUCAUUGUUUUGGACUUCCUGAACCAGGGUGCGAAUGAAGCUUCCCAGACUGUGCACCGAUGGCUCCAAGACCUGUCGUCCAUACACAAGGUAUUCCGCAUGGUAGUGUCUACACUUGACCGUCUUUUCCAACGGUCAGACGACUUAGAACCGGGUGUUGAGAACCCUGUCCUAUCGCCCGACGAUCACAAGGAGUUCAGCUAUCUGCUGCAGACAGUUUCCAAUAUUAUAUCCACGCUUUCCCACAACGGAUGGAUCAACCUACUUACGCAGACGUUGUCUCAUGUCGACAAACACAAGGAGGCUGCUACAUCGGAAGAUGACUCUAGAUCCCACAGCCUUCACUCCGCCAUCUUUCAGGCAUCUCUUAGGGUUGCUAGUAGUCCGAUGACUGCUGGACAGAGUUUGGAGGAAGUGAAGCUACACCAAAUCUCACUGCUUGUCAUGCGUCAGCUUCUCUUGGGGCCCGGGGCUGAAGACAUAGCCGACUCGGGAAUCGAUUCGUUCUUAGUCGAUCGUCUCUCUUCUGUGCUUGAUAAAGGCGGCAGCGUCGCCAUCCAGGCAGCUCUUAUUGACACUCUGCUUGCGGCAUUGAAAGUCCGGUUUGCUCAGGCGUUUCUGCCCCCUCCUCCCCCAAGGCCUAAACAUCAGAGGAUAAGCUCCCGCGAGCGUCUAACGAGCCCUUCUAUCCUGUCCUUCACAAGCGACAAGGCAGAUAAAGCCCCUGUGCCAAGUCUAUUCCCCCAACCGCCUCAGCAACUUCUUGACUGUCUUCUCAAGGGCAUCAGCUCUCCUGGUUCCAGAGAAAUAGUGGAAAAAUGGACAGUGCUACUUUGUGAAGUGCUUCCGUUGUAUGCGGGAUCCAUUUUCCAGAUCAUUCUCAUGUUAGUGGAGUGCUUUUGCAAGGAGAUCCAGCUAGCGUACGCGAGUCUUCAGCUUUCUUUCAAGCGGACGGAAGGCUGGUCGGACGACCGCUCUGAACACGCCACAAUCGCGUUACUGACUGGUCUUGAAACCUGCAUUGCAACUGCCCACGAGCGUCUACUGGUUGAAGAGGCCAAUGUGCCUGCUGCCAAGAGUCCGGAUCAGAACCAUAGCUUUUUCGGAAAUAUGGUGUCAGGUGUCUUCACAUCCGAGACGAAUCAUACUCGGUCCAGCGCCGCGAAUAACCGACUUACUGUUCUCCUUUGCUUCCAGGAUGCUGUGAGACUCUGCUUUACGAUAUGGUCGUGGGGCGCGGUAGAACGAAGCACACUGCCCCAGGACCCAGAAUCCAUGGCGUCCUUCCAGUACACAUCGUUGCGCAUGAGGAACAGAUCUCGUCGAAUUCUUGAACACCUUUUCACGGCUGAAGCUCUUGAAUGUCUUGAGACCGCGGUGGAGAUGUGGACCAAGUCAGACAGCGAGACCUCGGCCUUGAUCAUUAGCCUGCUUCAUACCCUGGAUGGGUCUCGGCCUAAGAUCACAAUCCCGGCCGUCUUCAACUCCAUCUACACUCGGACGAACCCAGCCGCCUUGGAUCCCAGUCGCAAAUCCACGUUGACUGCAACCCUUACCGAGUCCGAACUGGCAGGCUUUCUGGUGACCUACGCCAGGUCACUCGACGAUGAUGUCCUCGAUGAGAUUUGGGCUGACUGCACCACGUUUCUACGUGACGUGCUAAGUAACCCAUUCCCGCACAGGCAGAUCCUCCCCAGACUGGUGGAGUUCGCGGCAAUUCUUGGAGCGAAGAUGGAAAACACGAGCUUUGGAGAAGAUCGUCGGAUGCGAAAGGAGCUCGGGGAUGUGCUGCUUCGCCUUCUAACGGCCAUCUUCACCAGCAAGCCCAUGGGCGGUCUAUCCCAGGAGUCGGCACUUCUUGGGCGGGCAUCGAUAGACUACGACGGAUCAUCAGUGCCGCAUAUCGGGCCAGACGACAUGCUCAGUAUCCUUGCCGCCUCGAUGCCUGCCUUCAUCACGACACUGGGAGAUUCUGACCGUAUUAACACAGCUGUGUCUGGAAUAUCCACCAACGUGAUUGGUCCUCUUUUCCGCGCACGUCUCUUCCCGAACAAUGUGAGCCGCAACUCGAUGGCCAUCCUCCAGCACAUCGCCAAGAUACCAGCUGCGUCCAAGAUGUGGAAGAAGGACGUAUCGGAUGCCUUCAACGACCCGAGAUUUUUCGGGAUGCAAAUGGACCUCGUAAAGGAGAGCUGGAUCAAUCUUUUGCGACAAUGGGUGCUUGCGGACAAGGACCGGCUGUCGGAGCUGAUGUCUCGACUCACUCCUCCAAGCACCGCCGGCAUCAUGUUCGGCGUUGGAGCCUCUGCCGCCCGCCUUGACGCCGACCGCAAGGCACAGCUGAACCUCCGCAGGAUCAGCCUCCUCAUUCUUUCCGCGAACGACGACUAUUUUAUGACAGAGCUCCCCGCGCUCCUUCAGAAGCUGGAGGACCUCCUCGGAGCGACCAGCUCCUCGUCGCCGUCGUCCACGACAAGAGCGGAGAUCUUCAUGGUGCUCCGGGCCCUCGCGCUGAAGAGCACGGUGACGUCUAUCUCGAUGUUCUGGCCGUUGAUCAACUCUGAGCUUCAAGAAGCGCUGUCUUCCGUGCCACUCGGGCAACAGCAAGAGGUGUACAACCCAUACUCGCUGCUGCAGGCCUGCAAGCUUCUCGAUACGCUGCUCGUCCUCGCGCCCGAUGACUUCCAGCUCCUUGAAUGGCUUUAUGUCACGGACACCAUUGACGCGGUCUACCCUCCGGAGCGAUUCGAACCCAUGGCCCUCGCCGACGAGAUCUCGCAGAGCCUGGGUGCGCGCCGGUCCGCGUCGGGAGAACUGCUCGGAGAGGCGAGCGACCCCAGCCACGGGACCAAACAGCCCAGUCUCACUGCCGACAGGAUCCGGGAAACGGCAAAGGACGAGAUUGUUGAACGGGUCCUUCGGCCCUUCUUCGAUCAACUCAGCAUCCACGCAUUCGAGAGCACGUACAACAUGGGCCAUCCGCGGCUGGACGUGUGCCGCGACGACCUGUUGGCGGAUCUGUUCAACGAAAGCACCAUGGCCAACUAG